UGUGAUCAAUGCGGGAAAACAUUUUUGUGGUCUUCAAACCUGACAAAACACCUGAAACUUCAUGCGAAGGAGAAGCCACAUUCAUGUCAUUUGUGUGGAAAGAGUUUUCGAUUAAAACAAUAUUUGAUAUGAUUUGAUAUAUAUUACAUGAGAUGAUCCACACUGGAGAGAAACCUUACAAGUGUUCACACUGUGAAAAGAGAUUCAGUGUGUCAUCACAUCUAAAAAGACAUGAGAGGAUCCACACUGGAGAGAAACCUUACAAGUGUUCACACUGUGAAAAGAGAUUCAGUGUGUCAUCACAUCUAAAAAGACAUGAGAGGAUCCACACUGGAGAGAAACCUUAUAAGUGUUCACACUGUGAUGACAGAUUCAGUCGAUCAGAAUACCUGAAAACACACGAGAGGAUCCACACUGGAGAGAAACCUUACAAGUGUUCACACUGUGACAGGAGAUUCAGUGUGUCAUCACAUCUAAAAAGACAUGAGAGGAUCCACACUGGAGAGAAACCGUAUCACUGCACUGCAUGUGGGAAGUGUUUCAAACAUUCAUCUUCUCUACUCAAUCAUACAAAAAACAAACACAGUUAGUAGAUCAUUUUCAGAUCUGAUGCUGCUUCCUCACCAAAUGUGACACAAUAAUGGAUCAAGCUGUGAAAUAUCAUCUGGAUAAAUCUGUCAUUACCAGUGACAAGACAAAGAAACAUUAUCUGAAGUUUUCUCAGUGAAUAAAGUUCAUCUUCAAAACCAGCAGAUUCAACUGAGAUUCAGAUCAACUCAAAGAUAAAUUUUCUCCCCAAAGAACAAUGUCACAAAGGUUUAUUAUUGUACAUCAUUUUGCUUCAUGAUAUAAAUGAUAUCCCAUGGGGCGGGUUACGGAAAAUUUCUUAUCUCAGGUCUCAACUUAAGAUGUAUGUUAAAUUAGGAUUUGUUUCAAAUUCGUAUUACAGAAGCAAAUCUUAACUUGAUUUAGUAUUAUUAUCCUAUCUUAUAAAGUCGUAUCUUAUCUCUAGUUAGGAAACACUGUGCGAGCUGCUGAUGAGGGAAACAGAAUAACAGAAGCUACUUCAAUUUGGCAAAGAAAAGUAAAGGCAUUAGUCAAUGGAAGAGCCUUUUCUGAAGUAGCUUUUGUCCUGAAUGUUGUCCUAAGUGAAACGAUCAUGGUUAUCAAUCAGAUUAGAUAAUAUUUUAAAGUUAGAGUCCUCCCUCUCACUACCUUUCCCCAUAGGAGACACCCAUAAUGCCCAUAAAAGACUCUUCUCUAGUUAAUUCAUAGGGAAAAAACACUUUCUCUGAAAGAACACGCAUAUCGCCAGGUCACUGUGUAUAUUAUUACUGUUCUCGUAUAUUGUCUUUUGUAUUGUAUACUGUUUUAUGCAUGCAUUAUGAUAGAUCACUAGUUAAAAUAACCUCAUCUAUACCAUGUUUGGUCUCUUUGAAUUUGUGUUUUGAUGAUCUAAUUGAGAGUGUACAUAUGUUGAUACCUACACUACAUGAUAAUGCUCUGAGAAUCUUUAGUAGUUUUGCAUCAACACCCAAUGCCAUUAAAUAUACAAAAUACCAUGCUGCGACGACAGUCGUAAACUUUCCCUCCGAAAGUGUAGAUCUCUAUUGGUUAAGAAAUGUGUUAGACUAGUUUGUGUUAGUGUUUAGUUAAUAAAACUCUUGUGCACAGAUUA